AUGGAACUAGUUCAAGCCCUUUGGAGAGCCGCCCAGGAGGAGACCGUGCUGCAAAGCAUUGUAACGCUCUUAAUCUUCUGGUUCCAGGUGGAGGCUGACCAUAAACGGGCCUUGGGGCGGCCAGCUAAAGUCUACAAAUCAUUGGCUGAAACCAACCGCCGAUUUGGUCGUCCUCAGCACAGCCAGCAAACUGCUAUGGUUUGGAGGAAGCAACUGGAUGUCCAUCUUCCUCGAGAUGGAUCAGAGAUAAAGCAUAUCUCUACAUCUAUUGCUGGAACUACCCAGCGACAGACAUCAACGCAACCACGAGCAAUGACUUUGAGUUGGAUUGUAACCUUUCUCACUACAUUGGGAGCCUGUGUACCUUUGGUCAGCUUCUACCUCGAUCGGCGGCGUCUAAAAUCAGAACCGAUUUCAGCGGUUCCAGGUAUGCGAUCCAUCGCAUAUGCACAAGCAAGAGCUAUCAAUAAUGUGGAUUUUAACCCACUCAUCGACAUGCUCAGCGGGCUAGACGGUACUCUUGAGACGGCUAUGGCCCUGCUGGGAAAAUAUCACGCAGCUGGCCUAAUUGCUAAAGCCCUUUCGACAACGUUUACCUUGUUUAUGGGCAGAGAAGCCAUUAAAGAGCUCAGAAAGAUCUCUUCUCACCUUGAAACUAUAGCUAGAACAAUGACGGCAAACUCUAGCUUUGGCGAUUUCUUCCCUCAACAUGUGUUUGAGUUUAUUAAUGCAGAGAUUUCUCGUUAUCAAUCCGAGAAUGAAGAUAAAACACUCCAUUUAUUCUUCGUCUACAACCCGGGGACAGAGUGGUAUCCUAAGUUCGAUGCGCUUAGGAAAGCAAAUCCUUUGCCCCCAGCAUUCUCUGGUUGCUACCACAAUCUCGAACUAUUAUGUGGCAUUCUGCAGUACGUUGUACGACCAGCUGUUGGCCCAGACGCAAUCUUCCAUGUCUUAAUACCUUCAAACGUGCCAAUCUUCUUUUAUGAACCUCUAGUGUUCCCUUCAGCUAUUGGGAAGCUCCACAUCACCGGAGAGUUGGAAGCAGUCAAUAAUGGGUGCCCUUACAUUUGGAUGCACAUACGCGGCGCCCAAAAGCACCUGACUCUUGACAAUGUCGCAAACAUAAGGGAGCCCGAGACCUGGCAAAACGCUGCGGCGGCGGCGGCGGGCAUGGGAGCCUGGGCGAUUACCGGAGGCAGCGCGUUGCUUUCUACUGUGGCUUUGGCCCCAUUCAUUGGCCCAGCAGCUGUCAUUUGGUUUUUGGCUGCAGGAGCUGGUGGCAUAUAUGGCUCAGCGGCCAUCGCAGAGUCGGUUAUGCAAUUAGACGCCUGGAAGAUCCCGCCAAGAGUCCUAGGAUCAACUUUCAGUGAUGAGCACCAGUGA